AAGUGUGGUGGCUGAAAAGCAAAGAAGAGAGAAAACUUUGUGGGUAAUGUGGUCGAAGAGCCCAUGUGUUCAGUCCAUAAAGCUUCAAGAAGUGGAGGUGGUGGGCCUGCUCACCGAACCUUCCUUUCACAUGGCAGCACACGCAGCGGAGACCCUUAGCAGAAAUUUCCCCACCAAGAUUGCUGAGCCUAAAGUACUUCCUUUAUUGCAGUUUGCAUGGGAUGAAUAUCUACAAGAAAAAAAGAAGGAACUGAGAGGUGAAACAUGGGAAUAUCCAUCCAAUGUGAUGUGUUUUGUUAAUGGCCAGCUUCUUGGAGAUGAAAAAAUGCUGCUGAAAUGGGCUUAUGAUGUUUGGGAUUAUAAAGACUUUAAACCCACAGCACUUUAUGAAGCAAUUACAUCAGAUUUCCUCACAAAAUACUUAAAAGCCAAAAAGCAUAUGUUUGUUUUCAUGGAAAUAGCAGUUCAGGAAGUUUCGAUUGGAAAAUUGCUCUUUGAGCUCUAUUCUGAUAUCUGCCCCAGAACAUGCCAUAAUUUCAAGUGUUUAUGUACAGGAGAGAAAGGAUACUCUGAGUCUGGACUGGCACUCACUUACAAGGAUUCAAUUUUUCAUCGAAUUGUAAAAAAUGGCUGGAUACAAGGAGGAGAUAUAGAUGGUGGAAGAGGAAAUGGAGGUGAAUCAAUAUAUGGACCCGUGUUUGAAGAUGAAAAUUUUGCAGUUCCCCACGAUAAGAGAGGGAUUCUUGGAAUGGUUAACAAAGGACGUCACACCAACGGGUCCCAAUUCUACAUCACAUUACAAGCUGCACCAUAUCUGAACACCAAAUAUGUGGCUUUUGGACAGGUAAUCGAGGGCUCAGAAGUUCUCCGGGAACUGGAAUUAUCAGAGACAUUCAAUGAGAGACCAGUGCUACAAUGCAGAAUUAUUAAUUGUAAUGUUUUUCAGCCAUGAUUACCGUAUACUGUGGAUGUUAAUUUAAUUUUAUUGUAGAGUGUAGCUCUGUUCUGAUCAUAUGACUUGUAGCAAUUAAAAAAGUUGACAAAUAAAAAUUACUUUUUAAUUUUUACCAAAGAAUAAAAGCACUUAUUGUCCUUUUCAUUUCCAAAGUAAAAUACAGUCAUGUGAAAAAGAAAGUACACCCUAUUUGAAUUCUGUGGUUAUAUGUCUAAGGACAUAAUAAAAAUCAUCUGGUCCUUAGCAGUUCUUAAAACUAGAUAAAAUACAGCCUCAGAUAAACAACAACACAUGACAUACUACACCAUGUCAUCAUUUCUUUUACAAAAGGAAAGCCAAAUGGAGAAGCCAAGUGUGGGGCAAUCAUGUGAUGUUUUGCUUAAUGAUUACUGCACUUAAGUGAUGGAAUUGCAAUUAGGGCCACUAAAAGAGGACUACCUGUAUGCAUAUCAUAUGCUUGAAUAUUUUGGGCUGUAAAAUAUUAUGGAUAGAUGGCAGCAGAGCUCCCCACAGCUCUUUUCUGCUAUCUAGUUAUCAACUGGUUUCAGCAGCCGACAUCUGAUGGCUUUACCUUUGUGAGCAGUAUUUAUGUGUGUGCUGCAUGAAUGGAUGGGUGCCUUCAAGUCAGUCUUGACUCUUGGUGACUGUCUAGUAAGUCCCUGUACUUUUCUUGGUGAGAUUUUGGAAGUGGUUUGCCAUUCCCUCCUUCCUUCCAUCAGAGAAUGACAGGCCGAAAGUCAUUUGGCACUAGCGUUGUGCCUAAGGUAGGACUAGAAUUCCUAAUAUCUCAGUUUCUAGCCUGAAGCCCUAACCACUACACCAAACUGGUUGGUACGGCCUGUGGGCUGGAUUUCUUUUUAGCCCAGAACAGACUGGAUUCAGAAUAUUAUCAUUCUAAGCAAGUAAAUGUGAGGCUCUGAGUGGUAUUAUACUUUUAGGAGGAAAUAAGGCACAAUGUUGUACCAGUUUUGCCCUAGCAUGAAAUUCUGUGUUAUCAUUUACUAGCCAAACAUUCAUCUCACCAACAAAGGAUGCCUUUUAUCACCUGGGUUGAUAACCGAGUGCCACUUUGGAUCUCCAUAAUGCUGCUGUCAAAGCACAACUUGCAAAUUACUUAUUUAGAACUUUUAUAUAGUGUCCAAUAAUGUGACUUUGGGUGGUCAAAAAUACAAAAGAGGAAAAACACAUACCACUAAAGUGAACUAAAAUGUUUCAAAGAUGAUCAGAAUUAAAAGAUAUCUCUCCAUUGUUCCACAUUGUUCCAAUCAGUUGUAUACCCAGCAAGCUAUCAUACAACAUUGCAUACGAUAGAGACGAACACAAAAAGAGAAGUCUAUAAUACUUUCAAGAUGGAUAAAGUUUUGGAUUUAUGUUUUGGACUUGCUGACUCAAGGCGAAGAAACUACUGAGUUUGUUGCUAAAUCACAUGUUAGAUUUUUAAAGAUAUCUACUGAAGAUAAAGAUGUUAUGACAAAAUACUUGAUUAAUCUGAACUCGAGUUAAAAAAUCUGUAAAAUAGGUCAAGAUAGCUGAAGAAUAUACUGAGUAAAUAAGAAAAUUGUGAAAGACUGAUCUGAGAUUCUAAAAAGAGGAUUUUCUACAGACUGAGUUGCUCAAAGAGAAUUAGAUGUGUUUAACCAAACCGAAACAAAUUCAUUUACUAUUUUAACACUAGCAGGCAUUUCAUUAGCCAAUACAAUAACAUUGUUUUCUUAUGCAGGAAGCACUAAAGAGAUUCUCUAAUUUUAAUAUUAUCAAAUUUUAUUAUUUAUCUUGAUGAGAAUCAGAAUGAAUUAUGAGGUAUAUUUGAUUGAUUCAAAUCUAAAGCUAAACCAAAUGGACCUCUGAUUAAACUGGUAAAGAAUUUAUUCAUCAUAACAAUUCUUAAGCAUUAGUGAUCUGCCACCUUUUGUAGCUGAGUGCUGGAUUUGAGCUUUGAGUGGUAAGGCCAAAACAAAAUUAAUAUUCGGAUUAAUUUGUAUUAAAUUUUAAGUACAAUUAAAUAUAUACUAUUACUUCUUAUACUGUAUAUUUAAUACAUCCCCUUUAAAUCAACAUUACAGCUUGAUGACAAUGUUUAAAGAGAUUCUUGGAGACUGGUCUUAUUAUAUGUGAUUUUAAUUUGUGAUAAUGAUGAGUAGGUAGAAAUAUUAUGGUCAAUCUCAAAUGUGUUGUUCAAAAGGCAACUGGACUGUCUGGAUUUUUUCACUGAAGAAGCUUCUUGGAUGAGGAAGGAAAAAACCAAGAGAUCCCAGUUGUCUUUUGAACAACACUUUUGGGACAACCAUAACCUGGAUAACAGAGAAACUCCAGACAUUAUGUGUUUUGUGUUAUCAUUCUCAUCCAGUGAUGCUUCAGGAGUGACGUACUACCAAAUUACUGCCCUUUGGAAGAUAAUAUAUUUCAAUCUACAGGUUAAGAAUUGAUUGGGCUUCAGAUUCAUAUUAUAUUACAGUGGUUGAACUCACUAUUUCCCUCAUCAGAUUUUAGGAAAGACACUACAAACACGAGACAAAGUACUCCCCAAAACAUCCCAAAUCUGUAUCUAUUUCAGAUUAUAGAAUGCAUGGAGGUUUUUUUAUGCAAAAAAGGAUGGGAAAUUGUCUCAUAUGUAGAGCAACGAUCCUUCUUAAGGAAAGGGCAGGCAGUAAAACCAUCAACUUAACCUGCUAAACCUGUUCAACCACUAGUUCUUAAAUGUUCUUGUUAAAAUGGGAGAGGGAAUGAAGGGAUAUAUCAAUUUAGCAAUGUAUAAAAGAAUGUUUUGUUUAGUAGAGGUUAAGAUACCAUAGAUCUAGAAAAGGCUGUUAAAUAUCUCGCUAAUAAAGCAUGCUUAUGAUAUUUGUAAUCAUCUUUGUAACCAAAAGGCAUUCAAGGUGGAUAAAAGUUAAGUCUUUCUUUCAGGUAGUCCUUGACUUAGGACCACAAAUGAGCCCAAAAUUUCUGUUGUUAAGUGAGACAUUUGUUAAGUGAGUUUUGCCCCAUUUUACAACCUUUCUUGCUACAGUUGUUAAGUGAAUCACUGCAGUUGAUAAGUUAGAAACCCAGUUGUUAAUUGAAUCUGGCUUCCUCAUUGACUUUGCUUGCCAAAAAGUUGCAAAAGGUGAUCGCAUCCCCUUGGGACACAGCAAUGGUCAUAAGUAUGAACCAGUUGCCAAGCAUCUGAAUUUUGAUCCCAUGAUCAUGGGAAUGCUACAAAGGUUGUAAUUCUGAAAAAUGGUCAUAAGUCACUUUUUUCAGUGCCUUUGUAACUUUGAAGGGUCACUAAACGAACUGUUGUACGCCAAGGACUACCUGUACUGUUUCAUUUUGUGUACAGUAAUACCGAAUUUUUGCAAGAGUGAAAAAUAAAAUGUAAUUUAUUAGACACCAAAGAAGGACCAAAGAUGCCCGAACGUCUGGAGGGAAAUUACGUUAACUUUGGCUGACAAUUUAUCUUCCAAGUCACACCAAUAUGUAGGGUGGGGUGCGAGUCCCAAAUUCCAAAAACAAUUUUCGCGCAUAUCCCAAAAGUUUUUUCCUUAAAAAAGAGUAUUUUUGAUCUCACGGUUUUA